CUUUCCGUAAAGCUGUCCUAGGCCCUCCCCGAGGAUCGGACGCAGCCGUGGGCUCCCGCCGGCCACCGUGGGAACGAUGGCAGAUGACCAGAACUGUGUUGCGGAACUGGAAAAUAUAGAUUCUUCCAGUGAAGACUCAGUUGAUGCUAAGCCAGACCGUACCAGCAUUAUCUCAUCAAUUAUGCGGUCAAAGAAGAAAAAGGAGAAAAAUGUCUCUCCAUGCCCAGUCAAGACCACCCGGGUCCGAGAGCCUGCUUACGAGUACAACAUGAAUUUUGAGAAGAUGGGAAAAUGCAUCAUCAUAAACAACAAGAACUUUGACAUAACAACAGGUAUGGAUGUCCGGAAUGGGACAGACAAAGACGCGGAGGCCCUCUUCAAGUGCUUCCGAAGCCUGGGUUUUGAUGUAGUCGUCUACAAUGACUGCUCCUGUGCGAAGAUGCAAGAUCUGCUUAGAAAAGCCUCCGAGGAGGACCACAGCAAUUCAGCCUGCUUCGCCUGCAUCCUGCUCAGCCACGGAGAAGAGAAUCUAAUUUAUGGGAAAGACGAUAAAACGCCGAUAAAGGAUCUGACGGAUCAUUUUAGGGGCGAUCGGUGCAAAACCCUGCUAGAAAAGCCCAAACUCUUCUUCAUCCAGGCAUGCCGAGGGACAAAGCUGGACGACGGGGUUCAGGCCGACUCCGGGUCUAUCAACGAAACAGAAACAGAUGCCAAUCCCAAGCACAAGAUCCCGGUGGAAGCUGAUUUUCUCUUUGCUUACUCCACAGUUCCAGGCUAUUACUCAUGGAGGAACCCGGGAAAAGGCUCCUGGUUUGUUCAGGCCCUCUGCUCCAUCCUGAACGAGCAUGGCAAAAAGCUGGAGAUCAUGCAGAUACUGACCAGGGUGAAUGACAUGGUGGCCAGGCACUUCGAGUCCCAGAGUGAUGAUCCCCGCUUCAACGAGAAGAAGCAGAUCCCCUGUAUGGUCUCCAUGCUCACCAAAGAACUCUUCUUCAGCCGGCCAUUGAGCAUCCCUUCCAGCUGAGGACCUGCCGUCACUCACUAAUGAGUCCAGUUGCAAUUUUCUAAUCAUUUUGAUGCUCUCGAAUGUUCAGAAAUAUUAAAGAGAUUUAAUUUCAGGAGAGUAUGUUGAUUCAGCAGGGAGGAAAUUUUCUGGUAAUGUCUGAUAUUCUGGGUUUCUAGACUUUUUUGUUUAAUAAUUUUGUUCAUUGGAUAGCUUUGUACUUUCCUUUUAAGUUUAAUUUCUUGUCCAUAUUUCUUUUACCUGGUCAUCACAUUGAGUGAUGAAAUGCUAUGAAAAUGACCUCUAGAGAAAACUUGUUGGUGGUGGCAUUAAUGGAAAGCCAAAGUCUUAGUAGAGCUUGGCCAAGAAAAUUCCAGUUCUUGACAAACAAAUACAGCUAUGAUAUUCAUCGACCUCUCCUGGAAAAUGUGGCUGUUGUGUAGAUUUGGCUAGGACAGAUUCUUAUGCAGACCUUCCCAGGGAAGUGAGAAAAUAGUUCAUAUUCUAGGAUGCAGGACUCAAUCCAGAAAACCAGCCAUUCUAGGUGUUUCAAUGGAGAAGCGUCAAUGGGGGCAUUCACUUAAGAGGGUGAUUUAGAAAAAGAGCCAAGCAGUAACAAUCUGCCUCGUGUGUGACUGUGAGGCCCCCAGAGGAGUCUGGUUCCCUGGUCACCAGUAAGAACUAGGUUAGCACUGCCUCCUAGGAGCCAGGACCGUGGAGGGUUGUGGUACACGGAGCCCCGCCAAGGACAAAACCACUGUCUGAGAUAGAAACCGAGCCAGAGCUGAGUCCGACGCUGAGACAGCCCCAGGCCUCCCCAGGCUUGUCCUCCUGUCCUCACCAGAGCCUCACCAUUCCAAGGUACCUGCAAGCAACUAGUGAGGCCCCCGGGGACCGAGGUCCCUGAGAUGCAGAACAGGGCAAGGGCUAUUGAGCCGGGGAGUGGGUGUGACCGUGGCCCAUAUGUGAGCUUAGCUAAUCAGUCCCCCUGUAUGCAGAGCAGUUUAUCUGUUCAUCGCUCGCCAGACCAUCCACACAGGUGCUGAAGAACAAUCUGUUUCUACUGCAUGUGCAAAAUAAUGUUUUUGUAUUUCAGAUGCAUCUGGGAUUCUUUCAAAUAGUCCAAGGUGUUUUUUUUUUUUUUUAGAAUAAUUUUUUGUUGCCUCUGAUUCUACGAAUGAAGCUUAGGGCAAAGUUCUUGGCGCUUUGUUUUCAAGGCGCUGUUUUCUUUAGAAUUUGUCCGUUAUACAUUUCUGUUUUUUUCCAUCUAAUAAGUGUUAACAAAUGUUCCUAUUUAUUAAUUAAAAUGUGGUUUAGUAACUCCUAACUGGCCCUGGCUGCUUUCUUCUUGAAGUUAUUUUGGGCAGAGAAAUUAGGGAAAAUUAAAAAGAAGAAGAAGAGGAG